CUUUUACACUUUCUUCAUCAAGUAAAGAUCAAAAGGUUUACGGUUUCCAUCACGCAACAAUGUCAAGGGUCUCACAGCUUACUCUCAUCUUCCGCGACAAACUAAAAACUACCAACCAAAGCUCCAACAAAAAAUCAGAUGCUGUCGUGAAGAAACAACCAUUGGCUCCAUCGUCUAGCAACGACCGUGAGACGAGAGGGGCUGCUUCGUGGUCAUCGUUCCAAAUGCCUGUUCACUACCCAAGCUUCACGAAGGAAGAGUACGAGGCUAUGUCGGAGGAAGAGGUUGAUCGACUUCUUAAUCUAUACGGUCUGCAGCAUACAAAUCUCGGUGACUUGUCUUGCAAGAAACAGUUUGCUAUCGGUGCCUUCUUGUGGGAGAAGGGGAUAGAUUCCUCUCCGGCUGAGCAUGAACUAGUAAACCCUAGUUCGUCCGUUGAUGGUUUGGGUGAGAGCUCUUUGAUGGGAUUGAUGACGGCUUUGAAAUAUAUGGUUCACUGUGUAUUCCGUGUUUAGCAAGUAAAAAUCCAAGGUAGCUUGGUCCUAAAGUUUUGUUUAUGGUUGUUAUAUAUAUGGAUUAUCCAUCACUACGGUUUAGAAACUAUUAUUGUUUAUUCAAUUAUUUUGCUAUCACAUAUUAGUAUCUAACAACGAUCCAGUAUCAUAACUAAGUUAUAAUUCAACAAUAUACCAACUAAAACCUAUGAUAAUCUUUUACAACUUUAAUUUCUAACAUAAUGGUGCAGACCGAUCGCUCCUCUCGCUAUACUCGUUUUCAAACUCAGUGAUACUAGAUUUGAAUUUCUUAAAAUAAUAUGCGGAUUACUCAGAGACAACCCAGUGAAAGUUGAUUCAUUCUCUAUUUUGUCUCUUUUUUGGAAAAAAAAAAUUGUCUUUUGUUUUCUUCUCGACCGGUUUGUGUUCCUCAGCUUGUCUUCCAACGCACGUUACGAAAUCAUCACUAACUGUCUCUAACGCAUCGUGAAAGGUUCUACUUUUACAUCGGCCAAACGACUUCCUUUGGUCCGGGGUGGACAUAUAAAAGAUCAAUAAAUAAUAUUUCAUCCGUUACAUAAGAAAUUCACUUAGUUAUUUUUCACCCAUCAAAAAUUUUAAAAAAAUAUUGAAAUGCAUUCAUGUUUGUGAGUAUUAGAGUAUCUCCAUCAGUAAAAACUCUCUGGAUAUCUUAGUAAUUAAAAAGAAAAGAAAAAA